ACUGAGAGUGACAUGGUCUUUGAGGUCAUCUGCCCAUCCAUCCCGGGAUAUGGCUUCUCGGAGGCACCGCGCCAGAAAGGUUUUGACAGCAUAGCAACUGCUCGGAUAUUUCAUAAGCUGAUGAACAGGUUGGGCUUCAAGAAAUACUACCUGCAGGGAGGAGACUGGGGAUCCCGUAUUACCACAAACAUGGCCCAGAUGCUGCCACAAUCUGUCAAAGGGCUUCACCUGAAUCUGGUCUUCGCCAGCAAACUAGGUUUGACAAGGAUGAUUUCUGUGAUGCUCGGGGCUUACGUACCGUGGCUCGUAGGCCUCAGCAGGGAAGACGUUCAACGAGUGUACCCUUUUGUGCAGAAGAACAUCUAUGAACUUCUGCAGGAAUCUGGAUACUUGCACAUCCAAGCCACCAAACCAGACACUGCAGGUAAUGAGCCUUCUCUCUAGUGCUGUGAACAGUGUGUGCUAACUGCUUCUGUGUUUGAGAAGCCAUGAGUUCUGGUGACUGAAUGCAAGGCCUGGGGACAAGAACUCUGUCAAAGGCAGUUCAAAGGAACAGCUCAACAAAAGAUGGAGGCUACAAAUACCACUUCUCCAGGUCUUUUAUAUGGCAUGCCACUUCUCUUGGGGAAAGACCAGUAUGUCUAGUCUCUGACCAGACAAGUAGCAGAACUGUUGUAAGGAGAGAACUGAUUUACAGGUGAGAAUGUCACAGGGAAAUGAAGCUUCAAAACUCAGAACUCUG